CCACCAGCUGUGCCCUAUUUGGAAAGUCUUACUUGUUUGCAAUUACAUAAUAAUAACUUGAAGCACCUGCCCGAUGAACUAUGGCGCCUAAUGAAUCUGAAAGAACUCAAUGUUGGACACAAUCAACUUGAAGAAAUACCCCCUCAGUUGGGCCACCUCACUCAGCUCGAAGAAAUAUUUUUGCACAAUAAUCAACUUAAACGGAUACCCACACAAAUCGGAAGAUUAACGCAGUUACGUGUGGUAGAUUUGACGCAUAAUCAAUUGACAGAACUUCCAGGCGAAUUAUUCCAUUUGGAAAAGCUA